CUUCAGGUCAAACUGCUCCGGUUGUGGCUUUUAGUUGGUUUUCUUUGGAAACUUCUCUGAUUAGGAAAACAGCCAAUAUACUGCCCGCGGGGAUCAGCCUGGCUGCCCCGGAAAUCACAGGGGUGGGGAACCUGUUGGUAAAAAGUCAGGGACAUGGCACGGCAAUGCAAGGUGUGAGACUUGGAUCCUGGUGUGAUUUUUCUUUUCUUUUUUUUUAAAGAACGUUUUUAAACAUUGAGCCAACAGAGGACAUUUGUACUGGUUAUUUUAGUACCAGUGAUUUUAGUUUUGUUUAGUUACUUUAGGUAAUGGUGUCAUAAUUCUGUUUUUAAAAAAUAUCCUUGUUUUUUAGAAAUAAAUAUUGACAUUGAAAUGCUUAUUUGCUUCACAAUAACCCAGUUUUGAGGAGCACUGCUGGUGGAGAAGUGAGGGGGAAGGCGACGAAAGGCUGGAUGAGGGGUAUGGGGCAUGGGGUUCUUUACGUUGGUGUCUCUACUUUUGCAUGUUUGGCAUUUUCCUUUACAAGUAAGUAGGGCCACUGCCAUCACCACCACCACCACCACCACCACCGGUGAAGCUUCUUGUGCAGAAAGUAGGUUUGGAAGGUAAACCGCUAGUGAUGCCAGAUGCCAGGCCUUCCACAGGCCCUCACUUUUUGUAAACUGGGUGUAGAGGCUGCCUCUCUAGACGCAUAGAAAGUCUUCCUUUUCCCUCUCCUGGGUGCUGCUCUAUCUUGGUCGGAAGGCAUAGGGUGUUUGCUGCGUGUGAGGGAGCUGAGCGGAUCAAGUUGAUGCAGGUGGAUGCUGGGUCAGCAUUUUUUAUACAAAGGGUAUUAGCAAGCCUGGGGCUUGAGUUGUCUGCAAAGGGACAGGUUGUAUGAAAUGUGUGAGCAAUUUUUCCGAACUGCCCAAGUCCUUCCAAAACAGCUCAGAGUAGUCAACACACCCAGAUACACUGGGAAUCCGUGCUCGCUCCUGGAAGCAUGGUAUGCCUCAGUUGGAAGUGUGCCUUAUGAAACAAAUGACAAGCUCAAAUGUACAGAGGACUUUCCAAAAGCUACAGGAAAUGUGAUACUGCACCUGAUUUAAUAUAGAGCUUAUUCAUGUGGCAUUUUGGUGUGCCAGAAACCAAAAGUGAGUUAAUUGAAGGCACUAAACUGAAAUAAAAUAGGAAGAUCAUCAGCUGAGAACGACCUGCUGGAGAAAGCAGAUCCUUUUCUAAGGAGCUUCUGGGAACUGCCUUGGUGACUGGAACUGAUCCUCCUCCACUUCCUGCCCUUUGCUGACCUUCCACAGCCCCCCAGAUGCUCCUCCAGGGAGUAGCCUGCUUUUCUGCCUUCCCCUGGGCCCCAAGGGAUGGAAAAUAAAGCAAAGCAGUAUCUUAUCGUCUAUCUUUCAGCAGGUCUUCUGAAGUUUAACUAAAAAUAUGAUUGUGCUUGCUUCAGAGAACUGCUCUUCUCAGUACCAGUUACAUCAAACAAGUCAGCUCCUGGAUGGUAACUGUCUGUUAAUCUUGAUUAUACUUGGGAAAAUAUUAUUAAAUAUCCUCACACUGGGAAUGAGAAGGAAAAACACCUGUCAAAAUUUUAUGGAAUAUUUUUGCAUUUCACUAGCACUCAUGGACCUUUUACUUUUGGUAAACAUUUCCAUUAUAUCCUAUUUCAGGGAUUUUGUACUUUUAGACAUUAGGUUUACUAAAUACCACAUCUGCUUGUUUACUCAAAUUAUAUCUUUUACUUAUGGCUUUUUGCAUUAUCCAGUUUUCCUGAUAGCAUGGAUAGAUUAUUAUCUGAAUUUUUCUAAAACCACCCUUCCAUUUACGUGUCAGAAAUUAUUUUAUUUCUUUACAGUAAUUUUGAUUUGGAUUUCAGUAUUUGCUUAUGUUUUGGGAGAUCCAGAUAUCUACCAAAACCUGAAGGCACAGAAUGUUUAUCCUUAUCAAUGUCCUUUCUACGUCAGCAUUCAAAGUUACUGGCUCUCAUUUUUCAUGGUGAUGAUUUUAUUUAUGGCUUUCAUCACUUCUUGGUCAGAAGUUAUUACCUUGGUACAGGCUAUUAGGAUAACUUCCUACAUGAAUGAGACUGUCCUAUAUUUCCCCUUUUCAUCCCAUUCUAGUUGUACUGUGAACUCUAAAAAAACACUCUUGCCCAAGUUCAUUGUCUGUUUUCUCGGUACCUGGUUACCAUUUGUACUACUUCAAAUAAUUACCCUUUUAUUUAAAGUACAGAUUCCAGCAUAUAUUGAGAUGAACAUUCCAUGGUUGUACUUUGUCAAUAGUUUUCUCAUUGCUACGGUUUACUGGUGUAAAUGUCACAAGUUUAAUUUAAGAGACAUUGCAUUACCUGUGGAUCCAUUUGUCAACUGGAAAAGCUGCUUCAUUGCACUUGCAAUUCAUGAUCCUGAGCAAAUUGAAAAGCCUACAUCAAUUAUAAUUUGUUAACAUGUUGCCAUGUUAAAACUUACAACUGUGGUAUUUUCAAAGGAAAAAUAACUCAGGGCAUACAAAGACUGAACUGAACUGAAGCCUCCCUCAACCGCCUCAAUAUGUAUUUUGGGGCUAUGAUAUUAUUUGUCUUUUUGUUCAUUUUUAAACAAAAUAAUUCCAAGAAAAAAUUUUAUACCUGUUCAGGAAAAUUGCAUGUUACAAAUAUUAACAUAGAAGUGAAAUGAGUUAACACUUGGCCAUACUGAUGUUUCUGUUAUCCAAAAAAACUACUGGAUGCAAACUGUUAUGUAAAUCUGAGAUGCGCUGCCAACUUUUAUAUAAACUUAAAUAAACAUUUUUAUUUAAUUCACAGCAAUAAAAUCAAGAUGGUUUUCUUGAAA